CAGCCGCGAGGCGGGCUCCUUUUCCGUCCGCCGUAGAGCAGCGACGUGAGAGCGCCCUCCUGCCGUCAAGCGGGGCGGCGGAGGCAUGCCCCUCUGCCGUAAAGCGCGGCCGGCUGUCGCGCGCGGGUGUGCGCCCUGGUGCCUCCGCCGUGGGUGGGGGGGAGGCGGCGGUGGGGGGGGGCCUGGUCCAGGGGGCGGGAUGCUGGGAGGAGGCGGAGGGGGUCAGCCGCAGGCGGGCUCCGGUUCGGCGGCGGCGUCGCUGCUGCAUCCGCGGACGGGGCGGCUGGUGACGGUGUCUCGGGGCGGGCGGAGCGCCGCUCGGUCCCAGCCGGGCCAGGAGUUCAACCACGGGCUGGUCCUCAGCCGGGAGCCCCUCGCCCCCGGCGCCGUCUUCACCGUCCGCAUCGACAGGAAGGUUAAUUCCUGGAGCGGUUCCAUUGAGAUUGGAGUUACAGCCUUAGACCCGAACCACCUUGACUUCCCCAGCAGCGCCACCGGCCUCAAAGGGGGCUCUUGGAUCAUUUCGGGCUGCUCGGUGCUGCGGGAUGGGCGCUCCAUCUUGGAGGAGUAUGGGCAGGACCUGGACCAGCUGGGCGAAGGCGACCGGGUGGGCAUCCAGCGCACAGCCAACGGCGAGCUGCGCCUCUGGGUCAACGGGCAGGACUGCGGCGUGGCGGCCACCGGCAUCCCGCUCCGCGUCUGGGCUGUGGUGGACUUGUACGGCAAGUGUACCCAGAUCACCGUGGUGCCUGGCGGUCUGGAGGAAGUGGAAGAAGGGGCUGCCCACGAUGAAGCUCUGGACCUGGCUUGCAACCAGAACCGGCCAGAUAAAUUUCCCAACAGCCUGGAGUCAGAGAAUGGAUUCUCCAGCAUGGAGCUGUCGGAGGUGGUGAGCAACGCCAUCUUGUCGGCCUACAAUGGGAACCUGCUGAACGUUAGCCUGGGCAGCCCGCCCUCAGACUCCGCCCCCUGUGGGGCCCCGCCCAUGACCUCCAACGAUGCCCUCCUCUUCCAUGAGAAGUGUGGGACCCUCAUCAAGCUCAGCAACAACAACAAGACGGCGGAACGGAGGCGCCCGCUGGAUGAGUUCAACAACGGUGUCGUCAUGACCAACCGCCCGCUGCGAGACAACGAGAUGUUUGAGAUCCGAAUUGACAAGUUAGUGGACAAGUGGUCGGGAUCCAUUGAAAUCGGGGUCACCACACACAAUCCCAACAACCUGGAGUACCCAGCCACCAUGACAAAUCUGCGCUCAGGCACCAUCAUGAUGAGUGGCUGUGGCAUCCUGACCAACGGGAAGGGGACUCGCAGGGAAUACUGUGAGUUCAGCUUGGACGAGCUGCAGGAAGGAGACCACAUUGGCUUGACCAGGAAGUCCAAUAAUGCCCUUCACUUUUAUAUCAACGGUAUUGACCAAGGCGUGGCUACCACCCUCACCCCACUGGUGGUCUACGGUGUGGUGGACCUCUACGGCAUGGCUGUGAAGGUUACCAUCGUGCACAAUCACAACCACAGUGACCGCCUCAGGCGCAACAAUGCCAUCAUGCGGGCCCUGUCGCCAGAUGUCGGCCGGCGUGCCAUCGAUGCCACGGGGAAUGAGCCAGAGCCGGAGCGCCUCCUUUUCCACCAGAAUUGCGGCCAGAAGGCUGCGAUCAUCAAUGAGGGACGAACUGCCCUGCGCCCCCACGCCACAGACGAUUUCAACCACGGAGUGGUCCUCAGCAACCGGCCAUUGCGCAAUGGUGAGGUCUUCCAAGUGCGCAUUGACAAGAUGGUGGACAAAUGGGCCGGCUCCAUUGAGAUUGGCGUCACCACUCACAACCCCACGUACCUGCAGCUGCCUUCCACCAUGACCAACCUGCGAUCAGGUACCUGGAUGAUGACGGGGAAUGGAGUGAUGCACAAUGGAACAACCAUCUUGGACGAAUAUGGCCACAACCUGGACCGUCUGAAGGCAGGUGACACGGUGGGCGUGGUGCGCAAGGAGGACGGGACGCUGCACUUCUUCGUCAACGGCGUGGCCCAGGGCCCUGCUGCAUGGAACGUCCCACCAAACAUCUACGCCGUGGUGGACCUGUACGGGCAGGCAGCCCAAGCAACUAUUGUGGAUGACACGGACCUCCUUCCACUUCCCGAUGACAUCUCGGAGGGAAACAACCAGCUGUCUCCCAGCAGCCCAUCCUCCGUUGCCUCUGGGAGUGACCUGCGUUUCCACCACUUGCACGGCAACAAUGCUGUCAUCACCAACAGUGGGCGUACUGCGCUGCGCCAAAACUGCCGGAGUGAAUUCAACGACGCCAUCGUCAUCUCUAACCGGCCUCUCCGGGACGGGGAGCUCUUUGAAAUAGUCAUCCAGAAGAUGGUGGAUCGCUGGUCUGGCUCCAUCGAAGCAGGGGUCACUGCCAUCCGUCCAGAGGAUCUGGAGUUCCCCAACACGAUGACGGAUAUCGAUUACGACACGUGGAUGCUCAGUGGAACAGCCAUCAUGCAGGACGGUAACACCAUGCGAAACAACUAUGGCUGCGACCUGGACUCGCUGACCACAGGGUCGCGCAUCGGCAUGAUGCGCACGGCCAAGGGCGACUUGCACUACUUCAUCAACGGCGUAGACCAGGGAGUGGCCUGCUCGGGGCUGCCACCAGGGAAGGAGGUCUACGCCGUGGUGGAUCUCUACGGCCAGUGCGUCCAGGUCUCCAUCACCAGCGCCACGGGGCCCAUGGACAACAGCCUGUCCACCAGCAACAUCACUGAGAAGUCCUUCCCCAUCCACUCGCCAGUCCCUGGCGUGGCCCACCGUUUCCACAGCAGCUGCGGUAAGAACGUGGCCUUCCAGGACGAUGGCUGCCGGGCCAUGCGGGUGGCUGGCUACUGCCACGGCAUCGUCUUCAGCAUGAAGGAGCUGAAGACGGACGAGGUCUUUGAGGUGAAGAUUGACGAACUGGACGAGAAGUGGGCGGGGUCUGUCCACGUGGGCUUGACCACGCUGCUGCCCCUGGAUGCACCUUACACGGUGGCAGGGCUGCCGUCAUCCAUCCUGGAGCUCCGUUCCAAGGUGACUUGGCUGGUGGCGGGCUCCGAGGUGCGGCGCAAUGGGAUCCUUCAGAAGCAGAACUAUGGCUGUUCUCUGGAGCGCCUUGGGGUGGGGAGCCGCGUGGGUGUGAAGCGUUGCACCGACGACACCAUGCACGUCUUGAUCGACGGGGAGGACAUGGGGCCGGCAGCUACAGGCGUGGCCAAGAAUGUCUUCGUAGUGCUGGAUCUCUACGGGCGGGUCACGUCCGUUUCCAUCGUCAGCUCCACCGUGCUGGAAGAGGCAGACGGCACCAAACCCCCCUCGGUCACCUCGGAGCCCUACAGCGAAGAGGAAGAGGAAGAAGAAACCACACCGUGUGAGAACGAAGUGCCGGCGGUGACAUCUUCCAUGGAGUUCCUUGAGAACCACGGCAAGAACAUCCUUCUCUCCAAUGGCAACCUGACGGCCGCUCGCGUCUCCAGCUACAACCAGGGCAUUGUGGUCGUGGCCCAGCCUCUGCCUCAACAGCAGCUCUUCCAGUUCCAGAUAGAUUCUCUGAAUCAGCGGUGGACGUCUUCGCUCUCUCUGGGGAUCAUUGGCAGCUCUCCUGAGCGGCUCAAUUUUCCUGCCACGGCCUGCUCCCUCAAACGCUCCACGUGGCUGCUGCAGCGUGACUCGGUCUUCCACAACUCCCUGAAGAUCUGCGAGAACUACGGUCCCAAUCUGGACACCUGCCCCGAGGGGACAGUCCUGGGGGUCCUGGUGGAUGCCAGCAGCUGCCUCCACCUCUAUGUCAACGGCAUGGACCAGGGUGUGGCUGCCCAAGACAUCCCGACCCCCUGCUACGUCCUCAUCGACCUCUACGGGGAGUGUGAGCAGGUUACCAUUGUGACAAAUGAUGCUCCUGCAGUAGGAGCAGAAGGUGCCGACCCCCACAGCCAGGGCGACAUGGAGAAAGCAGACAUGGUGGAUGGUAUCAAGGAAAGUGUGUGUUGGACGCCCCCCGUGGACCUGAACACCAUGAAGACUUGUGAAUACCAUGCUGUCUGCGCUCGCUUCAAAGACCUCCUCCUCCUCCCUGAUGAUUAUUUUGUGGAAGACCCCAAGUUUAGCCUCUGCUACUGUGAGUCGUGUCACAAGCUCCGGGGCGACGAGGCCUAUUACAAACGUGGGGACCCGCCCCGAGACUACGCCUUGCCUUUCGGGUGGUGCCGUUUCAACCUCAGGGUGAAUCCCCGGUUGGAGGUCGCCAGCACCUGUAAGAAGUGGCACAUGGCCUAUCACGGAACAAGUGUUGGGUCUGUGCGCCGCAUGUUGGAUCAAGGAGAGUUGGUGCCAGGAAGUAUGUCCAUCUUGAGCUGCAGCCCGGUCAAGGCGGACCCACAAGGUGGUGGGGGAGGUGGUGGGGGAGGUGGCGGCGGCGGAUACCACGAGUCCGAGGAGAACAGCUCACCUGGCCGCGAGGAGCUCCAGCGUGUCUUGCUGUCGCCCACACUGCGCUACGCUGGGCUGGAGCCUUUUGCCACCAAAGUGCAAUUCAAAGACCCAAAGUCACAUCGACAGCACUCUGCCCAGGUGGCCUUCCAGGUGUGCGUGCGCCCCGGGUCCUACAAGGUGUGUGCCCAGUCCCUGGCAGCCUCCGAGCCCUUGGACCCCCGCUUCAGCAGCGCCGAAAUCGAGUGGGUCACCAAGGAGAAAGGUGCUACCGUCUUGUAUGGGCUCCUCGUCCGUGUGGAGUGAGAUCCCUCCUUGCCACCCUUCCCACGGGAGGAGCGGGAGCGCUAACGAAGCUAUGGCGGGGAAGGGAGUGGCGGCUCUUGCCAAAAGAAGGACACUCCUUCUCCCCCUCCUGACGUGCCCUCCUAUGCACAAACUGAGCGGAGCUGGCAAGUCCAAAAGGUUUGACAGCAACGACUGACCGACAGACACAAGAGACUUGGAAGAGACCUCUCUCCGGAGGUGCUGUCAAGAGGAUGGCUCCCUACAGUGGCCACUGAUGGCUGUUCGUCUCCCUCCCUUCCCCCCCCCCAUUUUUGCACAGAGACGAGACUGGAGAGGGGGGUGUUGGGGAGUGUUGAGUUGAACCUUGUAUUUAAGAGCAUGAUGUGGGAAGGGGGUAGGUGGGAGGGGGGAUUUACUUGCCACAAAAGGACUUUGCUGAAUUUUGGACUUGGGCAGCUGUUUCUGGAACACCCAGGGGUUUCUACACUGACAAAAUCCUCUUCCUUCCCCCCACCUCUUUGAACCCCCCUCUCUACCUGCAGUGUUGCCUCUGUUCACUGAAUUGGAAUGAGGUUUAUUUGGGGGGGGGGGAACGAAAUGGUGACAUCUGCUUCCACUAUUUUCCAUUGAUGGCUAUAUUGGCAGGAUUGGACAUUUCAGAACGGUGGAUGUUUAGACAUCCAUCGAUCCAUCUUUGGAGGGGACAGGCGGCUUGCUCUAGAAUCAGCCGCAGCAGGUGGCUCCAUGUCAGGGGGAUCUGCUCUGGGUUUUAGUCCAAACUUUCAAAGAAAGUCUGGACUAAAACCCGGAGCGGAUUCCGCUGUCUCACUGACAUCCAGCUGCCACUGCCUGGAAAGAAGUGUAGGUGCAGAGAUGUGUUACAUUUUUUUGUUUACGCGUGGGGUUUCUUUGCUUCAUAGAAUGAGUGCGUUUUUCCUUUUUAGCCCGUUCAUGAUGGGGUCAUUCUUGAGGGAGCUUCAUCUCCCUCCCCUCCCCUUUUUCUUCAGCCUUCUGUACCAACUCUGUUUAUCCCCAAGAAGGACAAUUGGGGGGGGCAGUGUAGACCAUGCAGGAAGGCUGUGGUGUGCUUAUGUAUGUGUCUGGUUAAUGCAGCUGGUAUACAAGCACUUACCUAUUCAUGCCCUGUGGGAGAUUUGAAGGGGGGGGCAGGGGAUGAAUUUACAGAAUUUCACAUCUAGCUACUUGAACUCAAAAUAUGUACCACUAUUUCUCAUAAAUUGUGCCCACUGAAGAGAAGACUCCAAUAAUCACUCCUCUCCUCUUCCGCCUCCAAAUACAAGCACAUUCUCCUCUAUUCUUAAUUAAUUUUGUUCCUCUUACUGUCCCACUCUGAAGGAGUCCUGCAGCUGCUUCUAAGUGUGCUGCACUGGCAUUUUCCCUUUUGGAGUCUGUUAUUAUUUUUUUCUCUUCUUCCCCCUUCCCUUAUUUAUUUAAUACCUAGUGUUGGUUGUCAAACUGAGGAAAAAAAUGUGAAUUUUCUUUAGGGGCAAAGGGUAUAAGGCUUAAAAAAUGCCCAUCCUCUUCCCCCUUUGAUUUAUAUAUAUUUUAAAUUGUAUUUAUGCUGCUUUUUCACUUUAUUUGUUGGGAAAUUAUUUCUUUUUUACUUCUGUCAAAAGCUCUCUUUUUUUGGACAAAAGUUUAAAAGGUUGUACAGUGCGUCCCCGUCCCCCCGCAAGGGUUUAUAAACCAGGAUUCAACUGG